CUCUUUCUUUCUCGCAUGUAGGUGGUCCUGGACAUGACAUUUGGAGGUGGUGGUCAUACCAAAGCAAUACUGAAUACGGUUCCUGAAGUCACAGUCCUGGCCUUAGACCGAGAUCCUACAGCAAUUUUACUGGCUGAGCAGUUAGCCAAGGAACACUCUGGUCGUGUGAAACCAUUGCUUGGCCGAUUCAGCGAGCUUGAAACCCUCCUGUCUAACAUGAACAUCAAGCCAGGCAGCGUUGAUGCUGUCCUGUUGGAUGCUGGCUGCUCCUCCAUGCAGAUGGAUGAGGCAGAGCGAGGCUUCUCCAUCAGCAAGGAUGGGCCCUUGGAUAUGAGAAUGGAUGGAGAGAGGUACCCCGACAUGCCCUGCGCCGCUGACGUUGUGAAUACCUUAGAUCAACAGGCUCUUGCAUCCAUCCUCACUGCAUAUGGGGAAGAAAGACACUCCAGGAAAAUAGCUUCAGCCAUUGUGGAGGCACGCCGUGUCAACCCCCUCACCCGGACACAGCAGCUGGCCAGCGUGGUUGCAGGUAGCUCAGCACUAUCCUGAUUAAUUCCCCGCAGCUUCCUGGAGGCUGAAAGGGAAAAUAAAACAUGAGUGGAGUUAUUAAGGUUGUCUUUCAGUGGGACGUAUUUGUCCCACAACAUUACGUGGAGUGUGACCUCAGUUAUCAUCCUCUCUUCUGCCUCUGUUUUGGGUGCCUUUCUACCACACCUUCCUUUGAGAGGUAAAGUUGAGACAAAGAUAGAGCUGGAGGAGGCCUUGAAAACAAACAGUAUCUCACAAACAACACCCCAUCUCUCUCCCCUUCCACAUUGCUUUCUUUUUAUGCCCUCUUUUCCCAUGUUUCUCUGCUCACGAAUGCACACACACCUGACACAAAUGCAAACACCCACACAUGCUCUGCUCACACGACACACUGGUGCAUAAAGCCUGGAUUACAUUGUUUGUCUUCACUGAUUGUUUUUUUUUUGGGGGGCUGUAUGCCUCUAGAUUUCAGCUGCUGAAUGAGUAAAAUGUCAUUUCAAUAGUUAUUGCACAGUGCAGUAUGUGCGUCAGUGUCACCCAGGGAGAACCGGUGUGAGUAAGAGCAGCUGUUUCAUCUUUUUUGAAGAGCAAAGCGAGUCACCACCAAUGUUUAUUCGUAACAAUGACAGAGGUCUUGAUUUAAGAAAGUUCCAAGGGGGACUGUAUCACCAAUUAUGACAGUGAUACUGACAGGAAGAUUUUACAGUCGCAAGAGAAAUGAUGAGGGUCCGUGUGUGUGUGAGAAUCAGAAUCAGAAAAGCUUUUAUUGCCAUGUAGAUUUUACACGUAUGAGGAAUUUGAUUUGGAGAUAAGGUGCUACAUGUAGACAAACAAAGACAAACAUACAGUUGGCAUAAAUAAAUGUAGAAAUAUAUGAAUAUUGAGUGACAAAAUAUAACGAUUAACACUUACAAAUAUGUACUUACUACUUACACAACAAAUAUGUGCAAUAUACCGGGUAUGUACAAUGAUGUGAAAUUAGAUAAUAUUUACAUGUGCAAAGAUAUACAGUAUUUGAGAGGGAAGGGGAAAGUGUCAGUGAGGGAUCGGGCCUUGUUAAUUAGGCUAGCAGCAGAACGGUAGAAGCUGUUUUUGUGGGGAGAGGUUUUGGUCCUGAUGGACCGCAGCCUGCUGCCAGAGGGGAAUAACUGAAAUAGUUUGUGACUGGGAUGGGAGGGGUCAGCUGCAAUCUUUCUUGCACUCCUCAGAGUCCUGGAGGUGUACAUGUCCUGAAGAGAUGGAAGAUUCAUACGCUGAUACGCUGCAGCCGGCCCUUGAUCUUUCUAAAGUCCACGACCAUCUCCACUGUCAAUGCGUAGAGCUCCAGACUUUUCUGGCAGCACCAGGUCACCAGAUGGUAGAUCUCCCACCUGUAGGCGGACUCAUCCCCACCUGAGAUGAGCCCAAUGAAGGUGGUGUCAUCUGCAAACUUCAGGAGCUU